AUGAAACUAGAUUCGCUAGUGGUAGUGUACACCAGAAAGCAACACACCACUGUGCAUUGUCAAGAUACCGCAGCCUGGGCCAUUAUCAAACGAUCCACGAUCCUAUCAGCUGGCAGUACCAUAGAGGUGAACUCUUUUGACGGAUGUCUCGUAUUAUCCUUACCAGCGAACGACAGCCAGGGACUAGAUGUGCUAGAUACGAUGGUUCGUGUUACUACAGGCCUUAAUCUACCCACCGUGGAGAUGGCGAAAGCCACGAAGUCGACGGAUAGGUGGUUAUGCCAAUUCAGUGUGGACAAUAAUGGUGGCAAAGCCAUUAAGUGA